AUGGUCGGAAGAGGCGCUGGCGAGCGGAAGAGAGUCUGCAGCGCGGCCGUUGCAGGUGUUCGCAGCGCCGGCGGGGCGCUCCAAGAACCUCCAAGAACCUCUCGCAGAAAUUCCUCUGCCUACGACUGGCAUACAUUGGCGGGCUUGGCGUUGCGAGGUGAGGUUCAAGGUGCACGAUCCGAAGGCCCACUCAAAGGGCGGCACGUUGGAGAACACCAUAAACGCUCGCGCGGACGAGGAGGCGGCGGCCCCGCAGCACGUCAUCCACCCGCCCAAGGACCUCAACAAGAUGUUCGGCAUCAGCUCCAGCGACAUCGACAAGUACUCGCGCAUCAUUUUCCCUGUCUGCUUCGUGUGCUUCAACCUCAUGUACUGGAUCAUCUACCUGCACAUCAGCGACGUGGUGGCCGAGGAUCUGGUGCUGCUCGAGGAGGACAAGUAGAGGAGAGGACGACGGGAGAAGAGAGCGGACAGGAGCGGCGCAGCGCUGACGGCAGCGACAGCGGCGGCGGCGGCGUCGACACUCCUGCCACUCGACGUUCAUAUCGACUAGACAGAAUACACUAA